CCAUCGUCUGCUUCCACGCGUGAAUUUUUUUCUAUCUUUCGAUUCAGUUUGGUUCGAUUAAAUCUACAGAAAUUGAAAGAUGGCGAAUAUAGACGUACACGACGCACAUCCUGUCGCACCGAGCAGCAGUGUGCUCUCGUCCGAAGUGAUGGCGCACUUGCUCUCCCCCGUUGAACAGGACCUCUUAAAAGAGUACCGGCAACUGCUUUCAAAUCUGAACACUCUCUCGGCCGAACUUGCAAAGCUCGCAUCGGUCCCGACACCAGAGAUUCUAGACACGCUACGCGUCCUCGAGCGGAAAACCGCGAUCGUCUUCACACUACUCAAGGCUUCAGUCUACAGCAUCUUCCUACAGCAGCAGCUCCACGACGACGACGGCGCGCUGAUGACGGCGGAGGGAGAGGUGCAGUGAUGUAUAUGAGUGCACAGUUGUAUAUUUUAUUUUGGCUUGCGUUUCCUGCUAUGGUGUCUCGGUUUUCUUUUCUCGUUUUUGUUCUGUUCGUAGGCUAUGUGCG